AACAAAGUAUAAAAGCGUUGAUAACACACCUUCAUCUCUUGUGUAUGUGGAAGGCAUGGAGACACAAGGCCUUAUCAACUUCUUGUUAAACAGUAAGAGUUGUGUGUCAGCCACUGGUCCAUUAGCUGGUGUGCCACCAACUCUCCUCUCUCCAGUGGCCUUCCAGGGAGCUGCUCUCAAAACACUUAAGGUAAAAGGUGGCAUUGUUCGCCAGGACGGUGAUAUUCAACACAGCAUGGAAGUAUCUGGGCCGAUUCUACCUCACACUGUUCAACAGUUAACAACUCUACUCUUCAUGGCUGUGGACAAGUUUUCUAUUUCACUGAACCCUAUUGUGUCAACACUUGCAUUCUCCCAGCACAGUCACAAUGAAGCCAGUGCAGCACCACAGGCAUUUGCUCAAGAAGGACUGGUUGACUGUGGGCUGGAUGCAGCUCUACGUAACUUGAUCUGCUCACCACGUCAGAGUGAAGGAGAAGCCAAACUUCCUCUCUCAUAUAGGGAAGUAACUUUCAAAGAUAAUAAAUUCACUUGGACAGAUAAAUUACAAUGAUACAGUAAUAAAAUUAGGCUUUUUAAUAUAUGUAUUUAUUAAUCACUUGUGUAAAAAAACUGAUGUAAAGAACAGGAGAUCUAUGUUUAUUAUAGCUAAUUCCAAUGUAUAUGAAUGUAUAUGAAAGUAAGUUCUGUAGCAUAAUUUUUUUUACCAGGAUAUUAAAUAUUUUUUGUAAAGAGAUAAUUUAAUUACUGAGUAUGUAUCAUGUAUUGUCCAGCACUUGGAUUUAUUGCCCUCUUGCAUUUUUAUUUAUGUGACUUUUAUUAUUGUAGACUUACUAUUAUUAUUUUUUUAAAUCCUUAUCAUUACUCACUAAAAACACAUUUACAUAUUUCUUUGUAUGAAGAUAAAGAUACAAGGUGGCACACAAGCUUUUAUGGAAAUAUUUGACUAAGUGUGGAGUUUUACAGAGUCAAACAUUAUCUAGUUCUGUAUGAGCUUAUUCUGCAACUUGUCUUUAUGCACCAUUUCAUCUACAUUCAUUUUCUUCAUUGUCUUUGGUUAUUAGUUACAGUAGUGUAGAAAGGGUAACUAUCUCCUUCCAUCAUAGUCUCCUACAGCACUCAAAAUUUCCUUUGGUACUUUUAUAUUCUAUUAUCUUUCAAAGGGGUUGUCUUGAUGCCAGAGAAGGGCACCUGAUUCAGGGAAUUGGAGCAGUCCUCUGCCUCCUUAAAUCAAACCUGAUUUACCGCCCAGUGCUAUAUGACUUGCAUGGGUUUAGCACUUCCCUGCUGUCACACAUGGAGACUGCUGAGAUCACUAUAUAAAAAUAUUAUUUAAUAAUCCUUUAAAUUUAACAGAUACAUUCAGCUGUAAAUUUUGGGAAAAUUACAAAUCUAGAAAAUUUAACUGUAUAGUUAUUUUCAGCCAUCAUUUCUGCAUUUUUUAUAUAAAUGUAACUGAUAACUUAUGAAAUAAACA